AUUUCUCUCUCUAUAAAUCUCGAUUUUAUUAGUCAUACAGAAUUCAAAUUCCGAUGUAUUAAUUCUCUUCAAUUAUUAGAUCUGUUUGCUAUUUGUCACCCCUAUCGAGUCUAUGGUUUGAUUGAUUAUUUCUUGAAUUCUGGGUUUUAUAUAUACUAUCUAAUAAUCUUUUACCAUGUGGUGAUUUUAUUAGUUAAAUUGUUUGGCUAAGUUGUCCAACAGAUUUUCCAACGACUGCUCACGGAAUUUAAGAAUGAACAAAACACUUUUAAAACUUGUGGUCCAAAAUAAGAUGUAAAUAUAUGUGUGGCACUAAAUUACUACCUCCGUGUCAAAUUAUUUGACGCUUUUUUUGUUUUACACAUCCCUUAAGAAAUACUACUCCCUCAGUCUCAAAUUAUUUAUCGUGGUUACAAAAAAUAGUUGUCUCAAGUUAUUUGUUGUUUUAGGAGUUCAAGACACAGUUAACUAUUUUUUUUCCAUUUUACCUUAGUAGAAUUUUAUCUAAAUAGAAUAAGGGAGAGAUUAUUACUUAGAUAUAAAUAAGGGUAAAGUUAGUCAAAUUCCCCUUUUAAUUAAUAUUUCUUAAGGGACGUGUAAAACAAAAAAAAAGAUAAAUAAUUUGAGACGGAGGGAGUAUUAAUUAGGAGGGGUAUUUGAAUACUUUAACCUUAUUUAUAUCUAAGUUAUAAUCUCUGCAUUAAAUAUUUACUCUAUUUAUGUGUCUAUCUCCAUUAAUGACAAGAUUCUACAAAGGGUAAAAUGGGGAAAAAAAUAAUUAGUUGUGGUUGAACUUCUAAAACGAGAAAUAAUUCGAGACAACUGUUUUUAGUAACCAUGACAUAUAAUUUGAGACGGAGGGAGUAUUUCAUUAAGGGUAAAAUGUGAAGUUUAAAGCUAAAGUGCUACUAAAUAUAAAAAGGAGUCAUUCUUUUUGGACUGACUAAAAAGGAAAGAAUGUCACGUAAAUUGGGAUGGAGGGAGUAAUAAUUUUGCUGUUACGCUCUGAUGAAUUUGUCCAACAGUUAUUUCAGAACACUGCUUGUAAUCUGUUGCAGCAUUGGGAAGUGAAUACAUAGUGAAGUUUAAGGAAUUGUGAUAAGAAUCUUUCAGCAUUUUUGCAUUCACAUAGGACGAUAAUAGAGAAUGGUCAAAAGAUAUGGAGUGUUUUGAAGCAGGAAUAAUACCAUGUUGCAGUGCCUAGAGGGAGUCAAGCAUUUAGGUGCUUCUCUGUCGAAAUGCUGUGAUCUGGACAGGCAAACAACACCCUUUGAAGAUCCAGAGAUCCUAGCAAGAGAGACAGUUUUUAGUGUCAGUGAGAUUGAAGCUCUUUAUGAGCUCUUUAAGAAGAUUAGCAGUGCAGUGGUUGAUGAUGGGCUGAUCAACAAGGAAGAGUUUCAAUUGGCACUAUUCAAGACGAACAAAAAGGAAAGCUUGUUUGCUGAUAGGGUGUUUGACUUAUUUGACACAAAGCACAAUGGAAUCUUGGGUUUUGAGGAGUUUGCGCGUGCCCUCUCUGUUUUCCAUCCAAAUGCUCCUAUUGAUGAUAAGAUUGAAUUUUCUUUUCAGCUAUACGAUCUCAAGCAACAGGGCUUCAUUGAGAGGCAAGAGGUGAAGCAAAUGGUUGUCGCUACCCUUGCCGAGUCUGGUAUGAACCUAUCAGAUGAUGUUAUAGAGAGCAUAAUCGAUAAGACUUUCGAAGAAGCUGAUACCAAACAUGAUGGAAAGAUUGACAAGGAGGAAUGGGGAAGUUUGGUCGGGCAACAUCCUUCACUUUUGAAGAACAUGACCCUCCAAUAUCUUAAGGACAUUACGACUACAUUCCCGAGCUUUGUCUUCCAUUCCAGAGUUGAGGAUACCUGAUUGGAGUUAUACAGGCUGAGUUGUUUAGAGAACUAUUUUUACUAUCUUUUUUCCUGUUUUGUUUAGGGCAAUUAGCCAGUUUAUGGAUGUCUGAAUACUGUUCCUUGCUCUUCUUUUUUUUUUUUGCCCCAUCUUAAAUUUCAAUAUUCUCUUGAUUUGUUAUUCAUUUUGAAUGUAAUGGUUCUGUAUUUUGUUGCCUGGUAAUAAAUGUCUGGUUUCCCAUUCAA